UCCCCCAAACUUUUUGGCAAACAAUUGGAAAUUUCUGUUUCAACCUUUUUCCUCAAGUUUUCUCUCUCCUCCUUAGUCCUUCCUUCCAUCAUAGUUUCCAUUAAUGGCGUCUUCUUCGUGAGCCCUAAUUUCUCAAAUCAGGCGACUUCACUGUUCUCAGAUUACUCUUUCCACGCUCAAUUUCAUCGUCGUUUUAGCUCUUUCUUCUUUCCUUUUUUUGAAGAUUCUUAUUGUAAUUUAUUUUGUAGGGGAAGCUGCUGUUUUGUGUGUUCUUAGUUGUGGAUUUCAGAGACGGAAAUCGGUUGUGGUAUAAGUUAAUUUGAAGGGGAUUUUGGGUUGUUAACAUAUGUAGGAUAAAUUGGGGAGGUGGUAAAAUUCCUCCUCUUAAAUGGCCGAAGAUGGUGUAUGGGCUAGUGGAUUGUCUUCAGGGUUAGCACUAAUACUGAAUGGUGAAGAUAAGAAAGUGAAUCCUCAAAAGAAUCGUCUUGUUUCGUAUCAUGAUGAUUUUGGACACCAGUCCCUGGAACGAACACUAGAAUAUGUUUUCGAUCUUCCUUACCGAUCAAUAGGACCAUUGAACGGUUCACUGGAUGCUAUUGUAGUUCAUUCUAUUGUUAAGAGGUUUUUUCUGAAGUUUUCGCCAUCUCUUAAUUCUCAACCUCAGAACAGGGAUGGUCUCUGUAUCUUUGAUCGUGGAUAUGGGCACGUUGUUUCCAUCGAUCAAUCCAGUAUAUGUGGGGAUUUGGAUGUAGUUAGUCCCCCUUUGCUUGUGGAAAGUCUGGCUAUAUUCAGUAGCACCAGAGCAAAUGCAUGUGUUUGGGAAGGCAAAUGGAUGUUUGAAGUGAUGCUUGAAACUGCAGGGAUCCAGCAGCUUGGUUGGGCAACCAUUUCUUGCCCCUUCACCGAUCGUAUGGGGGUUGGUGAUGCUGAGGACUCUUAUGCAUAUGAUGGCAAGAGGGUUAAAAAAUGGAAUGAGGAAGAUGAGGCAUAUGGUCAGCCAUGGGUGGUUGGUGAUGUUAUUGGAUGCUGCAUAGACUUGGAUGAGGAUAGGAUACUAUUUUACAGGAAUGGUAUUUCACUUGGGGUUGCCUUUGCCGGCAUUCGCAAGAUGAAUCCUGGUUUGGGUUAUUUUCCUGCGGUCUCCCUUUCUCAGGGUGAAAGGUGUGAUUUGAAUUUUGGUGCCAGACCCUUCAAAUACCCAAUUGAAGGCUUCCUUCCUCUUCAAGUUCCUCCAUCUGCAACUUCACGUGCCUCCCAGUUGUUGCAAUGUUUAUCAAGGCUGUUGGAAAUAGAACGCAUGGAAAGGGCUGAGUUCACUUCUGUUGAUAAACUGAGAAGGUUGCAGAGGUUUGUUCCACUGGAGGAUAUCUUCCACCCUGUUGCUGAUGCAAUAUGUGAUGAACUCUUCACUAUCCUUGGUGAAGAUGAGAGGGGCAUGGAGUACAUAGCAUGGGGUCCGUUUUUAUCAUUUAUGAUGGAAUUAUAUGGCUUGCAUGUACCACAUGAUCAGCGGAGCUUGGACAAAGUCCUUGAUGUUGUUCUGAAAUUCAGAAGCUCUGGCUUGUUGUUUCAGCAUGUAAUUGGUGCCCUUUCUUAUGGUUGCAAAACAGCUUCACUUGUCCUCACCGAGUGCCCAUAUUCAGGGUCAUACUCGUAUCUUGCACUGGCUUGCCAUAUGCUGAGACGAGAGGAGUUGAUGGUGCUUUGGUGGAAGUCAUCUGAUUUUGAGUUCCACCUUGAAGGUUUUCUGUCAUGGAGAAGUCCUAACAAGCACGAUCUUCAGUUGUUGAUGCCUUCUGUCUGGUGGCCUAAUUCAUGUGAGGACAUUUCCUAUGAAAGCAGUAUGAUGCUAACCACUACAGCUAUGUCAGAUGCAAUUAGCAAGAUUGAGGAGAAGCAUCGGGAUCUCUGUUGUCUAGUUAUCCAGUUCAUUCCACCUGUGACACCUCCUCAGUUUCCUGGUUCAGUUUUUAGGAAGUUCCUGCAGAAUAUGUUACUGAAAAACAGAGGAACAGACCGUAAUAUAGCACCUCCUGGGGUUCUGGGAAAUACUGCUCUUGUUUCUUUAUACUCUGUUAUCCUUCAUUAUCUCUCUGAAGGAUUUCCUAUGGCAGAUAUAUGUGGAUGGUCUAAGAGCCACAGAGAUGAUGCUAAGGAAGAUAUUGGUUUUCUUCAUAGGGGUGGUCAGCUCAGUUUUCCCAUUGAGUUGUUUGUGAAAAAUGACCCUCUGAAAUUAGACAUUUCCAGAAUUGGGGGAUCGUUUAGCAAUUUGUUAGAAAUGCAUCCUGUGCAUGAGCGGGAUUCAGAAGUGAUUACUUGGGAAGAAGGCUGCAUGGAUGAUGAAGAUUCUAGAGUAACACAUUUUACAAGGCAGAAGCCAUGUUGCUGUUCUAACUAUGACAUUGAUUUCACACGAAUCUACCGUGAUCCAAUCAGAUUUAGAGCUAAAGGUUCUAGGGGCCAUAGCUCUUCCAUCCGUGAGCGAUCUGCUCAUGUUGCUGCUGAAUGCAGCGCUGGAAGUUUGAAUGAGGAAAUUGCAGACAAGCCUAGUUCAAGUGAGCAUCCUCACUCCCAGUUUGGUUAUCGAGCGGUGCAACAUUCAAAAACAGUACCCGAAGAAAGUAACAUAUCUUCGGCAACAUUGAGAGAGGAGGAGCUUCUUGAUGUUAUGCUAUUAUUAUAUCACAUAGGGGUUGCUCCAAACUUUAGGCAGGCAUGCUACUACAUGUCACAUCAAUCACAAUCAAUCUCUCUUUUGGAAGAAACAGAUAGGAAAAUAAAAGAAAGACACUGCAGUGAGCAACAAAAGCGGCUAAAAGAGGCACGUAAUAUCUACAGGGAAGAAGUUAUUGACUGUGUAAGGCAUUCUACAUGGUAUCGUAUCUCUCUAUUGUCCCGAUGGAAACAAAGAGGAAUGUAUGCUGCUUGCAUGUGGAUCGUGCAAUUGCUUCUGGUGAUCAGCAAAGAUGAUGUCCUGUUCAGUUUCGUUCCUGACUUCUAUUUGGAAGCUCUGGUUGAUUGCUUCCAUGUAUUACGAAAAAGUGAUCCACCAUUUGUUCCUUCGGCUAUAUUUAUCAAGCAAGGACUAAGCUCAUUUGUGACAUUUGUUGUUACGCACUUCAAUGAUCCCCGGAUAUCAAGUGCAGAUUUGAAGGAUCUGCUUCUCCAAUCUAUAUCGGUAUUGGUACAGUACAAAGAAUAUCUGGUUUCUUUUGAAACCAAUCAUGCAGCCACUCUCCGAAUGCCAAAAGCCUUGCUAUCAGCAUUUGAUAACAGAUCCUGGAUCCCAGUGACUAACAUUCUUUUGAGAUUGUGCAAGGGUUCCGGUUUUGGCUCUUCAAAGCAUGGUGAGACAUCAUCUUCUUCGGUUAUUUUCCAGAGAUUGCUUCGUGAUGUGUGUGCCGAAGAUGAAGAUCUAUUUGCUGCUUUUCUGAACCGUUUAUUCAAUACCUUAAGUUGGACGAUGACCGAGUUCUCGGUUUUUAUUCGAGAAAUGCAAGAAAAGAACCAUGUUUUGGAGUUCCAGCAGAGGAAAUGCAGUGUAAUUUUUGAUUUGUCUUGCAAUCUUGCUCGUAUUCUUGAGUUCUGUACGCACGAAAUUCCUCAAGCAUUUCUUUUAGGAAAUGAUAUGCAUCUUAAAAGGUUGACGGAGCUAGUCAUCUUUACACUUAAUCAGAUGACAUCAGCAACUGAUUCUGAGUUCUUUGAUUGGUCAGUGAAACGAUAUGGUCAGUCUCCGGAGAAAAUUAAUCGGGGUAUGAUAUUGGCUCCUCUUGUUGGCAUCAUAGUAAAUUUAUUGGAAGCGAGUACAGAAGUUGAAUCAAUUGAGCAGAAUGAUAUGAUUGAAGUUUUGGCCAGGAUGGACUGCCCUGAUACUGUUCUUUUUGGUCUCCAGUAUAUGUUGGAGUUCAACUGGGCUGGUUUUUCUAAAGGGAAUGUUCACUUUGCUAAGCUGAGGCGACUGGAGGAUUUCUUGACCUGUCUCGUCAGUCGGAUGGGGUCUCUAGAUUUGGGAUCUUCUGCAUUCUGGCAAGAAUCAGAAUGCGACGACAGCAUUUGCUGUAUUUGCUACACUUGUGAGGCUGAUGCCCAGUUCAUUCCUUGUUUACAUAAGUCGUGUUAUGGGUGCAUUACCCGACAUCUCUUAAAUUGCCAGAGAUGCUUCUUUUGUAAUGCGAUAGUUAUUGAAGUCAUAAAGGAUAAAUCUAGAACACUCUGAAUGCCAAGGGCGGAAAUAUAUCUCCUCUGAAGAGUUGGCGCUGGUUCUAUUGUUACCAGAUUUCUGAGCCCUGCUGGCUUCAUUGUUGCAACCGAGAUAGCCUGGAUGACACUGAAGCUACUUUGUGUCCCAAAUAAAGACAAAAAAAGACGCCGAAGGGGCACCAGGGGAAGGGCGGAUGUGGCAUGCUGAAAGUAGUAGGGAGGAAACUGAAGCAUAUAAUUAGUAUAGAAAUUUCAGCUACGAUUCUCUGCUUGUAGCCUUGUAUAUACGGAUGUAGUUGGGGGGGGGGGGGGGUUCCAAGGAUUGCCAUGGGCAGUGAGGAAAACCAUGGAUAUGGAAAAUUUUUUGUAGAGAUUGUUGAGGGCAUUAUUUUGUAUAUACGAAAUGGGAUGGUGACCAAAUUUCAGAGCUGUUCUCCUCUCUACUGAAAUGAAGGACAAAAUGUCUGUUGCCUCAUCUGCUGCUGUUUCAUCUACUCUAGUAAGUCUAGGGUACAAGGAAGAGAGGUGUUGCAACUUACAACUGAGUUGUGUCACUGCUUGAAAUAAACAAGGGAACCUACUAUUCAGUAACAAGUUGGUUGCAAAGAACAUGCCUCACAAAUAACACGAUGCCCUUUUGGUGACAAUCUAUCAGAUGAUUGGCGACCUGGUCGUGAUUGUAGUUUGCGAACCAGAAUAGCUCGCUCUUUUUUUUGCGAAUAGAUCUAGGUGACGUAGGGAUAAUAAAGAAGCCAUUUCAUGGAGAUGUUUUUCUCCAAACUAAGAUGACUUGAUAGGUAAUGGUGGGCACUGGCAGUUGGGUCCAGUGAGACUUGAUAUUAGAUCCACCUCCAUUUUAGCUUAUACUUCUUGUAUCGUAUAUUUUUAUGCCUUCUAGUAUGUGGUUUAUGUUUCUAGGACUUGUGUAUAGAUUUUCUUUCGUCAUGAUUCGGAAGUCGAUUCUUUAACUAUUGUGGAAAAUAAAUAUCUUCUUUGUGGGGGUAAGAAAUUAAAACAAUUAUUGCUGACGAGCACAGA